UCCAAGACUUAAGCAACCAUGUCCAGUGAGGCAGAACUCAUUCAUAUGUUUAAGGGGAUUCCCUUUACCACCAGGUCUUCUCCAGAGCUUUUAAAAUCCUUGGAUACUUUUGAUGCUAGAGAAGACGACGUCCUUUUAGUUUCCUAUCCCAAAUCCGGCACUCACUGGCUUGCAGGAGUCAUAACAAAGCUUUACAAUACUCAAGUGACACUAACAUCUCCCAUUGAAUUUGGAGAUAUUUCCAAACUGGAGGAACUGAAUAAACUCUCAUCAAAGAGAAUCAUCCCAACGCACUUAGACUACAACAUGUUACCUCCAAAUUUUAAGAAUAAAAAAUGCAAGAUGAUCUACAUCAGCAGAAAUCCGAAAGAUACCGCAGUUUCCAUGUAUCAUUACUACAGAGAAAACCCAAACCUUCCCACCGUCGACACCUGGACUGCCUUCUUUGACUUGUUCUUAAAAGGAGACGUUGUCUGCGGAUCCUGGUUUGAUCAUUUCCUAAGUUGGGAAGAACAUGAAAAUGACAAAAACAUCCUGUUUUUGUUCUACGAAGACAUGAAGAAGGAUCUCCCUAAGAUUGUAAAUGAAAUUAGUCUGUUCCUGGGCUUAAAUGUCAGUGACAAUGAUAUCGAAGACAUCUGCAAGAAGUCCUCAUUCUCAGAGAUGAAAAGCGACACAGAAAAGGAGAACAGCGAUCCCAGUCACACCGUUUGCGCGCUGACAUCCAACAGGAAGCUGAUUUUCCGAAAAGGCACUGUUGGUGACUGGAAGAACCAUUUCACUCCAAAACAGAAUCGAAGGUUUGAGGAGAUAUUUAAUGAGAAAAUGAAACUCAGCAAAAUGGCAAAAAGUCUCACCUAUGAAUUUUGACUCCGUGUGAAGAACAACAUCCAGUUAUCAACAAACACAGACAGAGCAAUUGCUGGGAGAUUCUAAAAAUGGGGGCUCCCAUUCAGCUUUAUUUAUUUUUUUCUCUAGUAAGCAUAAAAAUGGACUUCUUAGAUUUGAUUUAGGAAUUUUACCUAAGACGUUAAGAAAAAAAAAAAACAAAACAAAAACCAAAUCGGUAAGAAUCUAGAUAUGUAAAAAGUCUAAAAACACAUAAGAAAAUGACCAAGGAUUUGACCCCAGACUUGCUCCAUCCCUGAUCUACCAUGAUUUGGAAAGUGCCUGUCUUACCGGACUUUGUUAUUGAUGCUGAAGUUGAAAACCACAGCUGUACAUUUGAAGAUCUGAAGUGAAAUUUGUUUAU